AUGUCGUGCCUCUCCAGCGUCUUCAGCUGCUGCCUACCUUCCAAGGUCAACGAGAAGUCAGAAGCACCCACAGCGGAGUAUCAGACUCCCAACUCCACUGCCACUCAUCCCUCGAGCCCCAACCCCAGCUCAAACCACGACAUUAACAACCUCGAACCACCCCAAAAUGGCUACAACCAGGUCGUCCCCCUCCCCGCCUACACUCCCCGGCCAAUGAGCAUCCGGGAAAAGACCCUCGAAGCCCACAUGCGUGAUCCCCCAGUCUCCAACGAGACAUAUCAUCAGCAGCAACACAACGAGACCUACCUAAGCACAGACGAAAAGCAGCACCUGGCCUGGGAAGAAGCCGCCAAUUCUCCAGACUACUACCCCUACCACACCCAUCCCCGCCCCGAAGACGUCUCUUCCGAUGUCUCUUCCGCAAUCUCCUUCCCAAGUAGCUACGGCAAUACAUCAACAGCGACUAGGGAAACACCACCGCCACCGUACUCCCCGCGAACCUUAUCGCCCGCGCCAUCUCGCUCAAUGUCGAUUUCAUCGGCAUACCGAAAUCCGCAGAUGCCGAUGGCCGCUAUCACGCAGCCGCCGCCGGCGUUUACACGGCCCAGUGCGAGACGAAGCAUCGAUGAGCAACUUACCUCUAGGGCUCCAAAUAUGAACCCUUAUUCUGUGCGAGACUCGUGGGAGAGUGAGUCGCGGCGUCCGCGGUCAUAA